AUGGGUUGCUCAAAUUUCAAAAACACGCUUUUGUUCCUCUUCAUUACAGCCAACCUUGUCCAUGCACCAUUCGCUUCUUAUCUCGAGAUCAAGAAGAAAUGUUUCCUAACCUCGAAUGUCACGGUUCAGGUGACCAACAUGCUAUCUGUGAACGGCCCAUUACUACUGCAUUGUCGCUCGAAAGACGAUGAUUUAGGAAUAAAGACGAUUGGUCAAAAUCAAAAAUUCAGGUGGACUUUCUGCACUAAUAUUUGGCACACUACCAAAUUUUGGUGUACUUUUCAGUUUGGACAAAAGAAUCGAGUGAUUGUCGCGUACGAGGAGACAGUGAAGGAGUUCUGUAAAGACAAUCAAUGUUAUUGGUCUGCAAGAGAUGACGGAAUUUACUUGUUCGAUACUGAGUAUUAUGAUUGGCAGUGA